AUGGAGAUCGAUGGUAGCGAUUUUGAGUUUCCGACGAGCUCCUGCCCACUAGAUCCUCCUUCCGACUCCUACAUCCUUCUUCCUGCCAGCGACACCGCUGCUUGCCUAUUUCCCUAUGCAUGCGAGCUCUGCCCUACGAUUCUGUAUUUGUUUUCUAUGUUGCAGGUGCGCUGGUCGUUGUCUGAUUUGGGAGGAGCGGCGGAGAUCGACGAGCACAAGGGUUCCGAUUCGCCUCCCCUUACUUUUCAGGGUUGCUACUGUUUUGUGGCGAAUGGAGUUGGAGAUGUAGGCGAUUUUGGGCUUCUGGCGAAGGGAUCGAGCUGGGCAUAA